GGCUGAGAUCUCGCCGGCGACGUGCGUGAGGGGUGGGGGCGGGGCAGCAGCUCGCCGGCAUGGUGGAGCUCGGAGGCUACGGGCAUAUAAGUGUGGAACAGGCGAAGAACGGAAGAGAUAAGGCAGCGUGGUGGCCCCCCACCCAUCGCUGUCUCACCACGUGGGAGGACGCGUGUCAGGCUGUUAGCGUGCGAUGUAAACAAUCCGAUGACGCGCUAUCCGGAGGCACGGCGCGAUGGAGCCUCCGGCGGAAACGCAGCAUUUUCCAAAAAGUUUUGCUAAAGGUGACCCUGCUGUUCAGCUUGUCUAAUGGCAUACACAAGGAUGCACCUACCCCUCCCCCGGUUCAUCCCAUAGACAGACACCACCUAGCCACAACCUAGAGGAGUACGUUCCCUGAGCCCGAACUCGCCCAUGAGCAACUAGCUACUGAGCCCAGGCUCCGAUUGCGCGACAUAGGAACGAGCAUAAGCGAGGUAGAAACAAGAUGGGCAUCCAAGACAUGUGGGAUGUUGUGUCAUCCCUGUUCAUCAUGCUUAAUAAGGAGACAUUCGUCCUGUUUCGAAUUGAGUUUCUUGUGGUCUUAGCAACACUCUUGUUCCUUGUGAUGUUCAUCAUGGACGUCUUUCGUCGUGACAUCCACAACACAACUAUGGCAACCAUCUUUAGCAUCUUGGAUGCCGUAUCUGAUUCCAUUGUCAUAUACCUGCUGGGGGCCAUGCAAACAGUGACUUUCAAGAAUCAGCUGUUCCCGGUCUGGGCCCUCGUGCUUGUUAGUUUCCGCUACAACAUCGAUUUCAUCUCUGGCUAUGGUGUUCAUGACCGCAAUGGACGACGGUUCAUGGAGUGGAGGAACGUAGUAAAACUUCUGGGGUCAGCAUUCUUGACCUCGCGCAGCUCAAGGUUUGUGAUUCCACUCUGGUUGCUUUUGGCUUUGCAGAUACUGAGGAGCGGGUACAGAUAUUCUGCGUAUAUUCUGGCGGUCAUUUCUAUCUGGCAUGGCAAGAGUUCAGAGAUCGUUACAGAGCACAUGCGGGCCGGCUCUCACACUAACAACUGGAAACAAGAGGAUUGCAACCCAGGGAAUAUGGAAGGAUACAAAUAUUUGGUCUAUGGAGAAACCAAGCGGCGCAUCAAAGUCAAAAAGCCUCGGUAUGUGUUGUAUAUCGAUACUACCCAGAAGCGUCGUUCUGCUCCGAAUCGACAGAAAUCAUCGCUGGUGACCCUAGACAAAAUCUGGGGAUGUAACAGGCACCUGUUAUGCCCAGCCAACAAUCAGGGGAAUGACCCGAAGGAUCUCUGUCUGGCCUUUGCCUUGUCCAGAUUGCUCCGGUGCAGGCUCGAGGAUGUGCCACUACAAGAAGAAAUCUUCUGCAUCAACCGAAAGCUAGUAAAGAGUAAGAUCCUUGAGGAGAAGAAUAUUGACCGCGCCUUCAGGGUCAUUGAACUGCAACUCUCCUUUGUAAACGACUACUUCAACACGCGCUACCCUAUGGUCUUCUGCAAUGGGUUCUUUUCUCUCCUCUUAAAUCUUCUUCUCUCUGCGGUAACCUUCGGUGUUGUCUGCUGGCUUGCUGUGGACAUACGUAAGGUCUAUAAGCCCCCACAGAAUGAUCGGGCUCGUGUGGUGCAUGGAUUCAAUGUUGACAUGAUCAUCACAUGGGUAUUCAUGUUUUUUAUGAUGUUCAAAGAGAUCUGGGAGAUGGUCAGCUACUUAGUAUCAGACUGGACAAGAUUACUCCUUGUUUGCAGGUAUGCACAGCGGAAGGAAGAGAGCAUCAGAAAUAGACGAAUGGAGAGCACAAUAUCAUCCUUUUUCAGAUCUAGGAUAACUAAGAAGCAGUGGCAUGGACAUAUUGACCAAUACGUUUUCUUGGAGUCAUAUGACGACAGACCAAGAUUUUGGAAUGUGCUGCACAAGAUAAGCACAGGAUUGACUCCAAAAAAGGAAGAUGGAGCAACACUCGGAUCUGCCAUCGAUUUGCCAGAAUGUGUCAAGUCAGCAGUACUGAAAAAGCUCUGUGCAACCCUAGAGAAGCUCAGCUCUCCUGAUACUGUACAUGAGCCAGACAAUCCUAACAGAAAUCACGGGGAUCUGCCCAAGGUCAUAACAUCACUGUACGAGGCUGAUAGUGACCGAAUGAAGCUGUAUGGUUGGGCUUGCUUUGACCUGCCCACAUGCUCUCAUGUAAUUCUGGUGUGGCACAUUGCAACUAGCCUCUGUGAGAUGAAGCUUGCUCAAGUCCAUGGCGUCGACAUAAGCAAACAUGGGUACAUGGCCUCCUUCUUGUCGUGCGUCACAAGUUUCUGCCCAUCGAAACCAUAUCUUAUAGAUGUGGACGAAAAGACAAAAGAAAAGAAGAAAGUGAAUGAGAAGUUGCCUGAUAAGCUCCAGGAAAUGUACAUCACUGCGAAUAGCCUGUCUCGGUACUGUGCAUAUCUGCUAGUUACAAAACCUGAUCUUAUCCCUGAUACCUUUUAUAUACCCAAGAUGGUCUUAGAAGAAACCGUGACACGCGCUCGUGAUAAUAUUCUUAAAGACUGUGACUCAUUACAGAGCAGGUAUGACGAACUGAUGAAAGAAGCAGAGAGGGCCACCCAGGAUGAUGACGGCGACAAAGAAGAUAUUCUGCGACUAGGUGCUGUGCUAGCUAAGAAACUGAUUGAUCAAGGGCCUGAAGAAUGCUGGGAUAUCUUGUCCGGAGUAUGGACAGAUUUACUUGUACACAUUGCUCCCACUUGGAACGCAGAGGCGCACCUGCAUUGCCUCGAGUCAAGAGGGGAGUUCAUAACCUAUAUCUGGGCAUUGCUAUGGCAUUGUGGAAUCGAGAAGAGCAAAUUAUGGCCGGUGGAAGAUUUGUAUGUUAAAGAUGCCCCUGGAACACCUCAGGAUAACAGUGCUCCAAAAAAUAACGUGCAGCUCGCACCGGAUAUGCAGCAGACUUGUGCAGGACCAAGGGAAGAAAGAGGGGAAGGUGACAUACAGAAAUCAGAGAUGCAGCAAGUUGAUCCACUGGAGAGUAAUGGGCUGACUGGAAUGGGACAAAUCAACGAGAAGAACAGAAGGAAACACUUGGCCAAAUCAAGUCUGGAACUAGGAAAGGAUAUACGAGUGGCUACAAGUGAGUACUACCAAGGAAUGUUACGUGCAGAUACGGUUCAUCGUAAUGGGCAAGGCAAUGCGGUCAGAGGGAUGAAGAAUGGCGGGAACACAUGUUACUUCAAUGCAGUGUUGCAGAGUCUCCUUGCACUUGAUAAGCUGCGCGCAAUGAUGUUAGGACCUAAUGCUCUGACAGGGCACAUUGGUCAGGAACUCCAAAAGCUCUUCAUAAUGACAAGUGAUACCAAUGGCGCAGGAGGUGUGCUGAUGCCAGAGAGGCUCUUCUUACACAUGUGCUCAAGGAUGUCAGAUUUCAGACCUGGAGUGAUUGAAGACAGCAAUAACAUGCUUGGUUCCUUGCUAGCUGGUUUGGAAAAUGAGGAGCCUACAAUGGUUCAGUCACUUUUCCGCGGCCACAUUGUUAAACAUGUUUCCAGCAACGAGUGUGAGCACACAUCGGUUAGCACCGAGAACCUUGAUCUCAGUCUGGCAAUACCAUUAAGGAAGCCUGCAUCAGUCGAGGACUGCCUGGAUUUAUAUGCCACUGGCGUAAUCGAGGCUUGGCACUGUACAAACUGUUCUGCUGCUGGAAAUGCUUCUUUGAACCAAGAAGAUACAACAGUCACCAAUGGCCAACCUGAACAGUCGGACAAUAAGAUAUACGGAAAGGACGAAUCUAGCCUUCCAGCUGAGAGAAAAACAAGAACAAGAAACCAGAACAAUGGAAAGCUACGCGUACCGGUGCUUGAUGACAAAGCAAAUCAAAUGGAACAGAGCCAUGUUAAACAAAAAGAGGAAGAGAAGGUAUACAGGGAUGCAACAGUACAAUAUCGCAUCAGUAACGCGGCACCCAUACUAACCAUUCAGCUAAAGAGAUUCAACUAUUCCCACCCUGGUAGGCCAGAUAAGUUGAAAGAGCGUGUGAGCUUUCAGGAUACACUUGAUCUAACAAAGUUCAUGGACCCUGGGCAUGUGGACAAUAAGGAGUACACAUAUUGUCUGGUUGCUGUCAUUGUGCACAGUGGACCAAUGUUGCACGAAGGACACAAUUUUGCUUAUGUGAGAGCAAGCCAAAUUGGUUGUCAGCAGCAGGAAAGCGGUGGCACUCCCUCAUGGUUUCGUGCAAGCGAUGAGAGCAUCACGCCAGUAUCGCUAGAACAGGUACUCGAGUGCCAGGCCUACAUUCUUUUCUAUGAAAGGGUUGAACAGCCAAAGGCCAAGACAACUCUAGAAGAACUUCUACGAACCAACCACUGAUCAGGAGAUAGAAGAACAGGGCGACAGAUGGAUGUGAAGGCGAAACAUUGUUAGAUUAUUUUUGCGGCUUCAUUUACAAUCAGCACAGCGUGAUUUGUUAUGUAGAGCCGUCGCAUUGGUACAACGAAUUGGGUUUUUUUUUAUUAAAAGCUCUCCUACAAUAGCUGUUACUUUUAUUUUCACAACUCAAAUUGGUAUGCAAAAUAACUUUGUAUGUUUGUAAUACAAAUUUGUAGUACAGGCCUGAGAUUUUGUUGUUCUAAACUCUGCACCUCAACUACACAUUCAGACAUUCAGUUACUGUACCACU